AUGCCGGUGCAUCAACAUCGUGUGUUGCAUGUGGACACUUCUCCCAAUAGCAAAGUCACGAUGCACAACCACAAUGACAAAUCAAAUCCCAAGACAAGCAAAACUCGUGCCACCUCCCACCCCAUCAUCAUGACACCAAGAGGUUACUACAUCUAUUUCCUUUCAUUGUUACUCACCAUUGUGCAAGUUGUAUUUUCAACUCUUUGUGAAGAACUCUUCUCAAUGUUUAAACAGGAAGAAUUGAAUUCCAUGCUUGUGGACGAUGGUGUUGAAUGGUCGAAUUUGAUCCCAAAUACUCCUAGCUAUGAGAAAUUGAGUGCUGCUAUGGACAUGCCAGCUAAAAGUCCAAGAGCACGACCAUCGUUAAACUUUUCUCAACAUGUCUUGUAUGAAUUCAAAUAUCCUGAAGGUAUUUAG